AUGAAGCACUUUGCUGCCCUGAUUCUGGCGUCUGCCCUGGCUGUCCCGCUGGGUGCUUCUCCCGUCUCACGAUUUACGCCAACAUCACAAAAUCUUCCCAGCGUCGUCUACCGUGGCGACCAGAUUCCCCCAGAACAGUAUAAAAAAGACGGCGGAAUCCCGCCCGAGUUCACGGGAGACAUGACAGAAAGGUCAUACAGUUUGUGGUGGCACAAUUUAGGUACCGAUAAUUACCCCGACAGGGAUUUCCAAUCGGCUUACGCGGCAACCUCGACGGAAUUUGCAGUCGCUGUUUCUUUUGCUAUCAAGGACAAUCCAAACGAAGCAGGAUGGAUAUAUCGAAUCCACGCCACGCCAAAUAUGAUUGACUUGGCACACUCUGAUUUCAGGCCCAUAUAUCUCGAGCGCGAGUUUGCUGCCGUGGGGGGAAUACGCUGGGACCAGGUUGAGGCCUGGCUCGAGGUUCCCAAGAAUGUGUCGGCCGAGAAGGGCGCUGGCGGCAUCCGGCAAGAAGAGAGAAAGAGGUGGCAGACGGCUGAGGAUUUUGAGAAGGAGUUCCCCGACUUGAAAUGGGUCAACAACCCCCCCUUCGCCCGGGUCAUUAACGGAGACUACAACCCGGUAUACGACCAAUAUCGCGUUAGUCAAGGACAGCCUCAACUUGCUGGCGUGCCGGAGGGGAGACGACAAGGGCCACUUGCGAGCGAAUUCGCAAAGGAGAACAAGACAUUGGAGCAGCAUGCCAUUGAGUUUAUGGACAAGGUUGGCGCGCCUGUGGGCUGGAAGGGAGCCUUUCCACUUGACCUAAAGGCUCCUGUAAACUCUCAAGCGUAA